AUGAUAAUAAGAAGAUUCGGGUUUUUAAAAAAUCUACGCAACUUCCUAAGGAAUACAGACGGCAGAAAACUAGUCGGGACUGACAUGUACGAAAAUAAAUAUUACCAGAUUUUAGAUGAGGAUGGAAGACCUUUUAAGCGUGAAGUCGAGUAUAAAGAAGGAAUCAGAAAUCCAACCAUGGACCCAAUAUGGGCUGGAUGGCUUUGUGGUAGAGAUCGAAACCCGCCAAAACCUGAAGACGUCAAAUCCUCUCAAGAUUCCUAUUUAUAUCGCAAAAAAAUAGGAGAAGAAGCCGACAAAGUAGAUGAAGAAAAAAUGAAAGAGUUCAGAGAUGUCAUGCAGAAGACAGCAAAUUCCAAACCAAAUGAACCUUUCAAGCCAGAAGAGUGGAAGCCUCAAAAGAAGGACAAAAAAUAUUAG